CCCCGGCUGAUUUCUUUUGCGCCACUUUUCUUCAUCAGCUCUGCUGCGCUUUGGGAAAGGCGCAGGAAAGAGACCCAGAAGCUACAGCCACGCGUUCGAUCAUUCCAAUUUCACAAUUGGAAAGCUGUGACGAUUUCCGAUGAUGGCAGCCCAGGAAGCCAGUCCAGGCAGCCACUCAGGAGAGAGUUGUGCUUUGGACUUACCAUCAGCAAGCGACAUAAGAGAUUAUGUGCUGCAGAGACCCAGCCAAGAGGCCAACAGCGAGGCUCUUAGUUCUGUGGAAUGCCAUUCUUUUCCUUGCUCUUCUGAUGUGGAUCCAGACAGCAGUAAUCCAAAUACUGAACAAAAAGACUCCUGGACUUCUGAGAACAUCUGGUUUGACAUUUCUAUGAAAGGCCAAUCAGAGACCACAGAGGAGGAGGAUGAACUUCGGAAAUCCCUGGAUAGAUUCUAUGAAGUGUUUGGCCAUCUGCAGCCAGUCUCUGGGAAUCUACUCUCUGCAUCUGUCUGCCAUUGCCUGUCUCAGAAAAUCACUGAACUGGGGGGCCAGGAGAGCCAAAAGUAUGCCCUCCGCUGUUUCCAGAUGGCCCGGGUCAUCUUCAACCGGGAUGGCUGCUCAGUCUUACAGAAGCAUUCCAGGGACGCACACUUCUACCCACUGGGGGAAGCGAGUGCUUCUCUAGAUAAUGAAAAGCCAAUUCCAGGACUUUCAAAAGAUAUUAUUCAUUUCCUGUUGCAGCAGAAUGUGAUAAAAGAUCCAUAACUGGUGCUGGCAGUGAGACCAGGCAGCAGCAUAGGUACAGCACUGUGGCAGUGCUGUUGGUACCUCCCCCUGCCCCUCCCCCGCCCCCAACACCACCCCACCCCUGGGUCCUUUGGGGUCUCUUGACAGCUGUGUGUGCCCAGCUAAAUGCUUUGCAGUUACACACUGGCACCUGCCCGCAGCUAAAUGCUUUGCAGUUACACACUGGCACCUGCAAUCUGUCCUGAAGUCAGUCAGCCCCUGUGAAGAAACCUACCUCCCAUGCCACCUCCCAUUCACCCUGGCCAAGGCUGACUGGCAGGGUUAGGAGUCAGAAGCCUGGCUUCCUUGCCUCAAUCUAUGCUCCAGAGUUCUCUCUUCCUAGGAUCAGGCCAAGACUGAGACUCUGCAAGACAUCACAGCCUUGCUCUGCUUUACCCUUUCCCCAUCUUCUUCCUGCCAUCUACCUACAGGUGUCUCUGAGAGCCUUUCCUUAAUACACCUCUUAUAUCAGAAUCCCUGGCUCAGGGUCUACCCCUGGGAGAGUCCAACCUAAGAGAACAGGCUUUAGUGGGGUAAGUUUCGUGAAGGGACAAAGCUCUAUAUACUGAAUCAACUAUAAGAAUUAAACCAAGUUGUAAGAUGGAGACCACAUGCUUGAGAUCAUAAGUCCUGAAAUAAUAUAGGGAUUUAAAUUUGGUGUUUUUUGGUUGUCUGUGUUUGGUAUCAGGGAUUGAACCUAAGGGUGCUUAACUACUGGGCCACAUCCUCAGCCCUUUUUAUGUCUUAUUUAGAGGUAGGGUCUCACUAAGUUGCUUGGGACCUCUAUAAGUUACUGAGGCUGGCUUUGAACUUGUAAUCCUCCUGCCUCUGCCUCCUGAGUUGCUAUGAUUACUGGCGUAUGCCACCCUGCCCAGCCUUUAAAUAUGGUUCUAAAAAGUACGCCACACUAGCCUUGACUCUUCUCCAAGAUCCAGAAUUUCCAUUUUAUAAUGAGGAAUGUGGAAGGAAAAUUUGGACCAUCUAAGAUAACAACUAAAAUUCACAAAUUUAAAAAAAAAUUUUUUUUGUCUCCAUCCUAUUGCAAUGUGAAAGGUGAGAAGAAAUAAACACCCACCAAAAUAUGUAUAAGUGCAGUUAUAAUCUUCUAGCCUGACACCAUGUGGGCUUGUCAGUUUGUGCUUGAAGAGAACAGGAAUUCUUUGCCCAGGUGGAGGGUCAUCCUUCCUCUUGUUAUUUUUUCUUCUGCCUAUCUGCCACCAGCAUCCUCUGUCAUCCUUUGAACAGUCCCCUGCCCUCACCCUUUCCUGUCCUUGCCUCCAACACCCUGAGCUCCAUUACAAACACUUGCCUAGAACAGGGCUUCAUUGCCACCCUGCCCCAGUCCUCCAGGCCUGGAGCUCUUUAAAUAGCCCUUGCAGGCUUGCACUAGCAGAUGCUCUGCUCUGCAGGUCGUGUCCUGGAGGCUGGUUUCAGACUCGGUUGGUAGAAUUACAUCACCUGGCACAGAGCUCUCUGGAAGUAUAAUUGGAAGCCUCAUACUAAUCCCUGCCUUGACAGUUCUUCAAGCAAAUUACCUUAACAGAAAGGUUUAUAUCAUUUGUUUUGGGAAGCAACAAAAGCUGGCAACCUGCUACAAUUGGAUUUUGAGAAACUUGAGGUGAAAUUUAAUUGGCAUAAGGCUCCAAAAAGCUUUCCAGAAAGCAGAUUAUGCAAAUGGGGCAGCCUAAAAGUAUACAUUAAAAGUGAAUGCACCAUCUCAGGAAGGUCUCUUGGGGACUCUUGGAUGGAGAGAGGAGCCUUUUAAAGGUUAGCAAUGACAUACAUACUCAGAGGCUUCCAGUUCAGGGAAGAUCAGAGGUUAAGAAACUUCCAAGUUGAAGGGCAGAGACACCAGUGGAAGCACACCUAUGUUGUAGAAAAUUGGAAAUGAACAGGCCUUUGAGAGGAACUCAAGAAAGUAAGACUCGAGCUUUUCCUUUGACAAGCAUCAUCUACCUCUUUCUCCUAAUCAAUGGGCUCCCAAAUAAUUGUGAAACCAGUGGGACUUAUUGAAAACCUGGCAGUGGAAUUUUAAGAUUGCUAGCUUUAUUGUUUUUUAAUGUGAAGCAUAUUAAUAGAUGCCCUUGAAGAUUGUUGUCAUUUUUAGAAUUAUUCAGCCACUGAAAUAUUUGCAAUUAGUCUCCAUGGCUACCAACAGAAGGAAACUGGGUUAUUUUAUACUGUUUUAAAGGGCAAAAAAAUAAAAACUAAUUGAAUCUCCAUGUUAAGAAUCAGCAGCUUCUAUUUUACAGGGAGAUUUUAGUAUUAAAAGUGUGUGAUCUUUAUGACUAUCAGUGCUGAGGGUGCCCAGCAAGAGGUGGACUCUGAAAGCAGAGAAUGUGGAAGUCUAAAAGCCAGAAUCACCUUAGGGUAAAACAUCAUGGGACAUGUUUGCUUGCUUCUAAUUAUUUGUGACAGGUCAGUGUAAGAUAUUUGAUUACCUGCAAUCAUGCUCCUUAAUUUGAUCUCCAGGAGGUUAGGAUAGAAUUUUCCAUUUAUCUCUGUAAACCCUUAAUAAAGACUAACAGAUAAGAAUA